CACAGUCCGGAGGUUUGGUAGGCAAACGCAUAGAUUUCCGAGCCCUUCGAUCGGCGGCGACGGCUCGGGCCCUCGGUGUCCUUCCGCCAUUUUGCACCUGAAGAGGGAGGGAGAUCAGCAGGUCAGAGCUGACUUAAGUAUUGAGAAGCCCAGCCAUGGAUCCGCCGGCACGUAAAGAAAAAUCCAAAGUUAAAGAAACUGUCAGCAGAGUUGAGAAGGCCAAGCAGAAAUCGGCUCAGCAGGAGCUGAAACAAAGACAAAGAGCAGAGAUCUAUGCCCUCAACAGAGUCAUGACAGAACUGGAGCAGCAGCAGUUUGAUGAGUUCUGUAAACAGAUGCAGCCUCCUGGAGAGUGAGUCAUCUCUGUGUUCAAACUAGAUGGGACCCUGGAAGCUGUUUGAGCCUUUUUAUCAGUUUUAAGCUGAGAUGGCUCAUUUGGAGCCUUACAGAACUGGACAAAAAGACAUUUGUGUUAUCUCUAAAACUGGAGAAAUCUGAACUUAAUUCCUGUAUGUAGCUUCUACUUCACUGGUUCCUCCCAUCUGAAUUGGCCCAAUCCUUGCUGAAGAGACAUUUUCUUCUAAGACAGUAGAUUUUUUAAAACCUUUUUUUAUUGUUUGAGAAAAUCAAUGUUUCUUGCGAAGCUGUUUAUCUUUACCAAAAACGCAAAUAAAAUAUUAAUAAAAUGUUCAUUUGUUCAUACUUUAGCUUGGGGGUGCCUAGCUGUAGAAAGGGGAGCCAGAAAAAAUGUAAU